GCCACACACGCUUUUAUACAAAGUCUUUUAAUAAUUGGUCCCAGCCAAAGAUGUCCUCGAAAAAGAGCAGCGACAGCCCGGCUCGGAGGGUGGCGAAUUACAACGUGGUGGAAGAGCUGGUGGAGAGACUGCAGAAAGAGAACAGGAGCUUAAAAGGAAUCUUGAGAGGUCAGACCACCAUCAACACGUUUUAUCACGAAGCCAGGCAGGAACUGGGGCACCUUGCCCACCAGGUAGCUGUUAAGGACAGCUUGAUCAAGGAGCUGAGGGCUCGCCUGGAGCUUUACGAACAGAAAGCCACCUGUAACCCCCAGGACUCAGCCCUACCCUGUGCACUGCCCUCCAGGUCUCUGCUGGACAGUCUUCUGCAGCAGAUCAGCAGGCUGAAACAGCAGCUCACAGACUGCCAGAGCGACUGGAGGCAAGACAGAGACAAACUGGUGCAGGAGGAGAAGCGACUUCAGCAACAACUGAGGGAGAAGGAGAGAGACAUGCAACAGCUGAUGAGCUGCCCGGAGCAUGAGAAAGAAGCGGAGAUCAUGAAGCUGCGCCGGGCCAUGAAGGAGAAAGAGCGUCUCCAUGCCACCCGGGAAGUCUGGUGCCGGUCACUGACGGAUGAAACCGAAGAGCUGCGGGCACGCUUGGCGGGCACGGCAAAAAUGUGCCAGCAGCUGGCUCUUCAAUUAGAGGAGAAACAGCCAAAGAGGCAACACUCAGCCCUGGAGGAACAGGUUUCCACAGAGCAACCCAAUAAGCUAAACGAGAUGGAUUUUUCCGAUGCUGCUACUCUCCAGGCCGCAAACUGCAAACUGGUGGAAGAAAACCGCGCCCUGAAGGAAAAAGCUAUUUACGUAGAAGAUCUGAAUGCAAAAUGGCAGAGGUACGACAGCAGCAGAGAGGAGUACAUUAAAGGAAUUCACAGUCAGUUGAGAGAGCUGCAGACUAAGGUGGGACAGCAGAAGGGCUUCUCUGCUGUUGCUGCUGCCCCGGAUAUGCUCCAGCAUGAGAUCCUCAGGCUGAACCGGCUGCUGGGGGAGAAGAUAAAGGAGUGCAGCCGGCUGGAGGGGCAGAGGGACGGUCUGGAGAAGGAGAAGUCCGAUGUGCAGAGAGCCCGAGAGGUGGAUUGGGAGCGAAUGCAAAUGCUGGAGCACCAGGUCAUGGUCUACACAGAUGACUUUAGAUCAGAACGUGCAGAUCGGGAGCGAGCGCAGAGCCGCAUUCAGGAGCUGGAGGAAGAGCUGGCAAACCUGAAGCAGCAACUGCUGAGGAAACAGGAGACCAGAAACUCAGCCGUCCAUCACCAGGCUCCGCUUGGCCACAUGAACAUGUAUUUCGUGGAGCCGGAUGGGGCAGAACAAUUGCUGGGCAACGUGGCCAACCAGUCUGCAUCCAACCGAUCGAGUGAGCCCCCAGACCCGGCCCGCAGAACGGGGGCCAGCCGCGGCCCCGAGCUGGAGGCCAGGCUCCAGGGGUCUCUGCAGUGUCCCAAGUGCCUGAGGGUCUUCAAUGACGAGAUCUCUGAGGAGUGCCUGAAGCACAUCGCAGAUUGCUGCCAGUGACUGUGACCUGAGAAUGGGCUGACUCACAGGAGACAAUGAACAGACAAUGAACCUGAUCCACCCUUCGCUCCCGAUUCACACGCGACUUCCCGACCCAGGGUUAAAAUAAGCCACUCGCCUCGUCCUGAAACAAAGUGGCUUUGGAAAAGUGACACUGCUUUAUGUUAAGCUGCCGAGACAUCGCACGGACACAGCGUGCCUUGUGGUUACUGCAAGCUGGGACGUGGGUUAAUCCCCCCCACAACCACCCCUCCCCCAACAAAAAAACAAAGAAUGCUAACAAAGAACCCAGACAUAAGAGGCCCCCAACGAGAGCCAACCUGAAUCUUUUGAUCUGUCGUCGCCAUAAUGAAACGAGAAUGCAGAGGAAUAGCCAAGAAAUGGCCAGGCUUGGAGCUUCACCACCUGCCUGGACACUGUACACCAGCUCCUCAGGGUAUCAGGGCAUCACUGCCCAGAGAACCAGUCUGAAAGCACUGAUGGAAAAUGCUGGUCUUCCACAGGGAGAAGACAAGAGGGAGGAAAGGGGAGCAGAGAGAGGGUUUGGAGAAUGCAAAGGGAAAUGGAGGGAGAAGUGAGAAGAGGAAAAAGAGAGAUUGCGAGGAUGAGGAAAUGGGAAGAGACAAACAUUGGGCAAGAGACAGAAACGA